GGCAGCCAGAAAUGAGUUUCUUUCUAAUCAGCCUUCCAUCAGUCCCCAGUCACUCAUAUAAAGGAGCCUGGGGAGGGGACGAUUCUCAUUGCUCUUUCGUCAGCACCAGGGUUGUGGACAGAGCCUGGAGCAGCCGUCUAUUUUACUCCCUUUCCGCUCUGUCGCCUCCAGCGCUGCUAACUGCCCCUCUAGUCCCCCCUGCUGCAGAGAAAGAAAAUUACAUCGGGAUCCAUGCAGCCGGCAAUGAUGAUGUUUUCCAGUAAAUACUGGGCAAGGAGAGGGUUUUCUCUGGAUUCAGCAGUGCCUGAAGAGCAUCAGAUACUUGGCAGCUUAACAUUAAAUAAAGCUAACUCUGGCAAAAAUGAUGAUAAAAAAAGCAGCAAGGGGAACAGCAAAAGUGAAACUGGUCCCGAAAGUGGCAAGACGGCUGUUGUCUUCUCGUUGAAAAAUGAAGUUGGAGGAUUGGUAAAAGCGUUGAAACUCUUUCAGGAGAAACAUGUCAACAUGGUUCAUAUCGAGUCCAGGAAAUCCCGGAGAAGAAGUUCAGAGGUUGAAAUCUUCGUGGACUGUGAGUGUGGCAAAACGGAAUUUAACGAGCUCAUCCAGUUGCUGAAAUUUCAAAGUACAAUUGUAACGCUAAAUCCGCCGGAGAACAUUUGGACGGAGGAGGAAGAGCUAGAGGAUGUGCCCUGGUUCCCCCGGAAGAUCUCUGAGUUAGACAAAUGCUCUCACAGAGUUCUCAUGUAUGGUUCUGAGCUUGACGCCGAUCACCCAGGAUUUAAGGACAAUGUCUAUCGACAGAGAAGAAAGUAUUUUGUGGAUGUGGCCAUGGGUUAUAAAUAUGGCCAGCCCAUUCCCAGGGUGGAGUACACGGAGGAAGAAACAAAAACAUGGGGCGUUGUGUUCCGAGAGCUCUCCAAAUUGUAUCCCACUCAUGCUUGCCGGGAGUAUUUGAAAAACUUCCCUCUGCUGACUAAACACUGUGGCUACCGGGAGGACAAUGUGCCUCAACUUGAAGAUGUGUCCGUGUUUCUCAAAGAAAGAUCAGGCUUCACGGUGAGGCCGGUGGCUGGAUACCUGAGUCCACGAGACUUUCUGGCAGGACUGGCCUACAGAGUGUUCCAUUGCACUCAGUACGUCCGGCAUGGCUCGGACCCCCUCUACACCCCGGAACCAGAUACAUGUCAUGAACUCCUGGGACAUGUUCCACUACUCGCGGAUCCUAAGUUUGCUCAGUUUUCACAAGAAAUAGGCCUGGCAUCUCUGGGAGCAUCAGAUGAAGAUGUUCAGAAACUAGCCACCUGCUAUUUCUUCACAAUUGAGUUUGGCCUUUGCAAGCAAGAAGGGCAACUACGGGCAUAUGGAGCAGGACUACUUUCCUCCAUUGGAGAAUUGAAGCAUGCUCUUUCUGACAAGGCAUGUGUGAAAGCCUUUGACCCAAAGACCACUUGCUUACAGGAAUGCCUUAUCACCACUUUCCAGGAAGCCUACUUUGUUUCAGAAAGUUUUGAAGAAGCCAAAGAAAAGAUGAGGGACUUUGCAAAGUCAAUUACCCGUCCCUUCUCUGUGUACUUCAAUCCCUAUACACAGAGUAUUGAAAUUCUGAAAGACACCAGAAGUAUUGAAAACGUGGUGCAGGACCUUCGCAGUGAUUUGAACACAGUGUGUGAUGCCUUGAACAAAAUGAACCAGUAUCUGGGGAUUUGAUGCCUGGGACCAUUGUCAUUGCCAGAAUGAUCUUUCUGGGGCUUAGCAGCAAUUCAAUCAAUGUCAUAUAACACCAAUAACUCUCUGAGUCAUGGCUUGGCUACUGAGCAUGCAAUUCUGUACAAUUCUGCAUAUCUCUAUCUACUUGUAAUUUACUGUGUUAAUGUGUGAAACACCAUAAAGAACCCAAUGACAGAUAACCACUCAUUGUUUGAAAUAUUGUAACAUGUUUAAAUGUCUUAAGUAGAUUUGACAUUCUUGCUUGGUGUCCUUAGCCAAACUGCAGCUAUUUAAAAUUUGUAACAAAUAGCCCUCUUAUGAUUCUAGCUUAUUACUUUUUUUUCCUCAGAUCUGAGCUUUUCCUCUGUGUUCAUUAGAUAAAAUGAAAAUAGCAGUGAAACUGUUUCUAUUUUCUAUAGUAUCAGUGUUUCCACAGCACUAUUUGAGAUAAACCCAGAAUUGUGUGAAAACUCCCAUCACAUUAACAAAAGAUACAGUAUUCUGUUUCAAAAAUGAAAACUAGUGAACCCACUGGUUGGAAUGGUUUUUAGGUUGAAUAUUUAUACAAUGUUAGAAAAGAGAACAUUUUGCAAAUGGAACGUGUAGGUGGCAUUGACCAUGUAUAAACUGAGUUGUGGCAUGCUUUCCAAAGUAUUUUGGAAGAAAAUACUUCCAGAAAGGACAUUAGGAAAGACUAAACAAUGGGCAGAAGGUCUUGGGACUAUGAAUUUUAUGCUGGAAUAAAGAGAAUUAUCAUGCUCAGGUGUUUAAUCCAUUUGUCUUAGAGAACAAUAAUAUCAUAGAGCCUGGGUUUCAAAACUGUGGAGUUGCAUCUCAGAGAAGUUAAGUGAUUUGCCCAAAGCAGCGGUUAAUUGUGCAGUAACAUUUCCAGCCCAUCGCAUGUCACUUUUGGAUUGCUAAAUUCAACUUGGUAUAUUUGUGUGUAGUAGAGAAGGGAAAACUAAUACUUACAAAACUAUGUUAAUCGCUAAAUAGGAUUUGGUUUUUGAUCAAGGGCUUCCAACAGCACAGAUGUUUCCUCUCACGGCCCCCAAACCAAGCCAGAUCUCUGAGAGUUUGUCCAGUUUGCCCAAAGUUUGGGCAAAUUUGGGCAGAUAAUGGUGAUGCACCACAAAUCUCUAGCCAUCUUUGCCGUAAGAGGUAUAAUCAGGUGAUUAAGUGAACAAAUAAAAAUCUGAAUGAGUGAAUAAGUUUCGUCUGAUUCUCUCAACAAACACAACCACUGUUCCUCACAUUGUACUUUUGUCAUGCAGAAUGCUGGAUGGAUGAAGGAAAGGGUGGGAAAAAGAGAUGAGAAAGGUGACAAAAUGACUUUUAAGUUAGCAAUUCUACAAUAUUUGCUAAGCAAUUUCUAAGAUGUUCUUUUAAUAACAAAUGGCAUGUGAUUUCAAACGAAUUCAUACUCAUAUGGGCCCAUUAUGAGUCAGAAAUUUUUGUACUAGAUGUACUUGGGAAGAACAUGAAAAAGAGUGAAAAUAUGCAUCAGAGAGAGGUAAAAUGAAAAGAAAUCAGAGGUUUGAACAGUGGUUCCUUAACUACUGAGGGUCUUUCGUUUCUGAAGGAUUCUCAGAACAACUGAGUUUUGGAAAGGGAUUUGGUAGACAGAAUGUGACAGUUACGCAGUUUAAAUGCUAUUUUAAAUGGAAGAGAUAGUGCCUUGAG